AUGGAUAUCGAGUACUCUAUGGGUGACUUUGUCUUUCUUAAGGCAUCUCCGUGGAAAAAGGUUCUGCGGUUCGGAAGUAAAGAUCUGAAAAGGAUGGAUAUUGAGUACUCUAUGGGUGACUUUGUCUUUCUUAAGUACCGGUCUAAUCUAUCUUACGUUGUUUCUGUUGAUGAAAUCGAGGUUAGACAAGAUUUGACUUUUGAGGAGGAGCCGGUCCAGAUUUUGGAUCGUGAUGUAAAGAUUUUGAAGAGGAAGUCUAUUUCGUUAGUUAAAUUUCUAUUGCGAAAUCAUGACACUGAGGAAGCCAUGGGGGAACCUGAGGAUUCGACGCGAUUUGUAUAUGUGGAGGAAGUGUUCUAUGAGGCGACAUAUCGUCGAUAUAUUGGCAGCUUGUCUGCAUAA